AUGGCUACAAAGGCAGCGCAUAAACGACUCACAAGAGAAUACCAAAACAUUCAAAAGAACCCUCCUCCUUAUAUUGUGGCACAUCCAUCAGAGACUAACAUAUUAGAAUGGCAUUAUAUUCUCACCGGCCCGCCAAAAACCCCCUACGAGAAUGGACAAUACUGGGGUACCCUGAUCUUUCCUCCCGAAUAUCCAUUUGCGCCGCCAGCUAUUCGCAUGCACACACCCAGCGGCAGAUUCCAACCAUCUACGAGGUUAUGUCUCAGCAUCAGCGACUUCCAUCCUAAAUCUUUCAACCCGGCAUGGGAGGUAUCGACGAUUCUCAUCGGUUUAUUGAGCUUUAUGACCAGCGAAGAAAUGACGACCGGUAGCGUCAGUGCCUCGGACAGCGAACGCAGACUAUUUGCCGCACGCUCACGCUGGUGGAAUUCUACGGGCGGAGGAUCACAGACAAACAUCCCUGCAGGCGUCACAGCUACUAGCAAGGGUAUUAAUAACAUCAAGGCUGGCGAUGGGGGCUUGAAGUUCCGGACGGAAUGGCCGGAGUUAGAUCAGGAAAACUGGAGGUGGAUAAAGGACAAUCGCAUCGAUGCUGCGACGGGACAUAUAAUUCCAGAUCCGAAUGCGUUGACGUCGAAUCACUGCUCGCCUGAAACUUCGGCUCUUCGUCGACGUCCUGCUGGAAGUGGACCACGGCUGGGGGCUGUGAUGGAAGAUUCCCAGCGGCCGGCCGCUGUUCCGGUUGCCGCUGCUAAUACUACAUCAGCGGCACCUCCGCCAGCAUGUCCGAUGCACAAAGCUGGCGCUUCAUCUGCAUUCGAAGCACCCGUCCCCAGCGCCUGCCCGGUCAAACGAUCGCCCAAUUCACCAUUCUUCGUUCCUCCGUCAGAAAGUCAGCCGCAGCAGCAGUCGCAGGAACAAGCAGCGCCAAAUACAAGCGGCAAAUCAAGGAUAAAUCCACUUAAUUAUAUGUUCUCAUUCAUCUCGCAAGAACGCGCCCCCAGCCAAACAGUCGAUCUGCCCGUCGAGCGCGAAAUCUCCUCUAUCCCGCGCGCCGAUAACACUGAUGAGAAAUGGGAAUAUCCCUCUCCGCAACAGAUGUACAACGCCAUGCUCCGGAAGGGGUACACCGAUACACCGCAGGAUGCGGUAGAGUCCAUGGUCGCGGUGCACAAUUUCUUGAACGAAGGUGCCUGGGCCGAGAUCGUGGAAUGGGAACAGAUCUUUUCAAAGGGGCUAAAGAGUGGAUGGGAGAAGUGUCGGAAGGGGAAUGAGAAAUUGGCCGUGGAGUUGGCCAAGGAGAGGUGGUUGUGUGAGCAGAGAAGUGAGGAGGAGAAGUUGCAGCCGUGUUUGGUGAGGUUCCAGGGCAGACCGCAGGAGUUGAGUCCCAAGGCGAGGUUUAUGCAGACGCUGGGCUGGCUGUAUCCUGCUAAAUUCGGAACUGAACCACCCUUUGACCGCCACGACUGGUACAUCUCUCGCCAAACACCCUCCGGACCAAAAGAGGUUCGCUAUGUCAUCGAUUACUACUCCGGUCCGCCCGAACCAACCGGCGAACCUGUUUUCUUCCUCGAUAUCCGUCCCGCCGUCGACACGCCCACUGCAGCCGUGGAGCGUUUGAUGCGCUGGGGCGGUGAUGUCUGGUACAGGGCUAGCGGUGCCCAAGUACGAGAGAAACAAUGA